GAGAGAGGAGCCGUUAGUCCAGUUGAGGCGCAAGAGUCCUCCGGCUAAGGACUUACGGUCCCUGCCAGUCCGGGACAUUAUGCCAGGCGGCGAGGGGUCUCCGAUCAAUCUCCUCGAUCGUCAUCACCAUCGCACGUCUGCCGCCGCCACCACCGCUGCCGCCACCACCGCCGCCGCCACCACUGUCUCCGCCGCCACCUCCGCCGCUGCCGCCGCCGCCGCCGCCGCCACCGUCGCCGCCGACGAGUGCGCGAGCGAUGAUGAUGUCGGAGCAAUCGCGGCGGCAUCGACGACCGGCGCGACUCUCGGCAGCGGCAACGCGAUGACGAGCGCCUUAGCGGGCGACGGUCUCCGCCGCAGAAAGGUCAUACACGCGGCCAAAGAGACUCUCGACAAGGCAUCCCGUCUAUUAAGACGAAAAAUACCAUGUACAGGCCACUUAAUGACCCCCCGCCGCCUAUGGAUACAAAAGGUUCCUACUCAGGAAUGCGACGUAGUUAUGAUGUUUCCCAGCGGAGCGAGCGACGAAACCCUGAUGUGGCUUUUAGGACGGCUUCGGGCUGGAACCCCGGGGCUAACAGUUCACGUGCGACAUCACACAUCGUCGGACAGUUACGGGUUUUACAUUACGGCGCCGUUUAGCGUUCUACUGAAAGCUGCGGAGGAGGUGCAUCUACCUAAGGCAUUACGGCAGGAAUUUGGUGGUGGACUGAAGGAAUUCGUGGGGUCCGAGGCUAACUGUUUCGAGGGCAGCGACGACGAAAUCCGAUUUUUCACCACGCAAGAGAGGCAAUCCCUGGUACUACAUUUACUUCACACGCUGAGGGCCGGUCCGCACGAUCUACAAAAUCUACCGGGUUUUAAGUUGGUGGAAGGUCAAGCGAUUGUUCCAAAGUGCAUUUCGUCCGGUAUCAUUUCUCAGGUCUUCCCUCUACACGAAUUACCCGCGCUAGAAAAACUGCAACGAAACUGGGUCCGCGCGUUCCUCAGCCCUCAGCCCUUGGACGACAUUUGUAAAUACUUCGGGGUGAAGAUCACCAUGUAUUUUGCCUGGCUCGGCCACUACACCACCGCUUUGAUCGUUCCAGCUGCAGUGGGUGUCAUAUACUGGGUCGGCAUCAUCGGCAGGAACCAAGCGGUGGAGGACGUGGCGUAUGUCUUGUUCUCGGUGUUCAACGUAAUUUGGGCUACGGUAUACUUGGAGACGUGGAAAAGAAGAGGCGCGGAAUUGGCGUACAGGUGGGGCACUUUGGAUCAGAGGGACGAUUUAUUGGUCGAGCCUAGACCUCUCUUUACAGGAACUCUAGAGAUCUCACCGGUGACGGGUAGACUGGAACCGACUUAUCCCAGGUGGCGGAGAAAUAUGUUUCGAUAUUUCGUCAGCGUGCCUAUCAUCGCGAUCUGUUUACUCUUCGUUUUCAUCGUUAUGAUUCUAAGCUUCCAAAUACAGGAUUGGUGGGACGCACAUCUUGAAUCUGGAGGUUACGGAUUCUGGCUUAGUUACAUGCCAAAGGUGUUACUCGCGGUGGUGAUCGCGUUGAUGGAUGAGGCGUAUUUCAAAGUCGCGGUGUGGUUGAACGACUUGGAAAACUAUCGACUAGACACCGAGUACGAGAAUCAUCUGAUCUACAAGGUGGCGCUGUUUCAGUUUGUAAACUCCUUCCUAUCGCUGUUUUACAUCGCCUUUUAUCUCCAAGAUCAAGAGAGGCUCAAGGAGCAAUUGGCGGCUUUGCUCAUAGCUCGCCAAGUGAUCGGUAACCUGAAGGAGUCCGCAGUGCCGUACUUGAUCGAGCAAUUGCGUCUGGCGCGGUUGAGCUUUGAGCUAUUCGGGGCCCUGAGUCCCAGUGAGGCGAGACCGGCACCCGGCCAAGAAAGCGAAGAGGCGCAACGCGAGAAGGACAACGAAGAGAAGGAGGAACGGUCCACCGACAGCGGCAAGUCGAAGCAACGAAACGUCAGCCAAGCAGAACUGGAGAGUUCCCUCUACAGAGUAGGGCAUCCCACUAAUUCUCUACUUAGUGACGUUGCGUUCAAGGUAUCGACCAAAAAGUAUGACGGAGCGUUUUCGGAGCACUUGGAAAUGCUAUCACAACUGGGAUACGUUUGCCUCUUUUCAUCGGCGUUUCCAUUAGCCGCGAUGGCAGCUUUGCUUGGGAAUUUGCUUGAAUUACGCGGCGAUGCGUUCAAACUGUGUUUCGUGCUUCAACGACCUUUCGGGCGAAGAGUCUCGAAUAUCGGGACUUGGCAAAAUGCUAUGGAGACGAUGGGGCUGGUCGCGAUUUUAGUGAAUUGCGCUCUGAUCGGACUGAGCGGCCAGGUGCAACGAAUGUUCCCGGAGAUGUCGGCCACGCAAACGAUCUUACUGAUUGUGGCAUUGGAGCAUAUAAUGCUCGCUAUCCGAUUUGUUAUUAUCUGCGCGAUUCCCGACAUACCUCACUGGGUCGCGACCGAGAUGGCUAAAGUGGAGUUCUUAAGACGCGAAGCGGUCCGAAGGUUGUCCUCGACGCCAUCACCGGAGCAACAGCCCGCAACAGUAAUAGGGAGAUUCGUGGUGAGUCCAGCAGACGGAGAGAGCGAAGAGCAGCAUUUGCUCGCGGAACGCACCGGCUACGCGACCACGUCAAGUCAAGCGGACACCCCGAUCUUGGCUUCAACCACCCACACGCCCAGCGGCCCGACAACACCCAGCGCCGCGUCGGUGCCGAGAAUCGCGGAAACACCACCGACGGCCGAGACGCCCGGAGGUAGCGGUGGAAGCAGCAGCGAAACCAGUCCGUUCCUACCCGAGAACAAUUCCAACGUGACCACCAGGGAUAUCCGUAACUCCCCGAGAUGCUCCAUACCCGGAGGUGAACGAGUAGGAAGACGCUCGAGGGAGUGGUUGAGCAAUGAACCAGAAACAUCCGGCGCAACUGAUCAGUACAGCCAUCAUCUAACUAUCGGGCCACAUGGUGGAGUCGACUGGGUACGUCGAUUAGGUUUGGAGCCCGGUGGGCGAAAAUCUAGCGAUUCCGAGAUCAGCGGUGCCAGUAACAUGAGCGGCAGGGAAGAAGAAUUGACAUUGCACAGGUCUACUGACUGUAUCGUGUCCAAAGAACUCGCCUCUUCUUCAGACAGCGAUCUUCUUAGGUCGGCACCGCCGUGGUCGGUGGCUCACAGAAGCCAAAAGUUCCGCUUCUCACCGGAAAAGGAGAAGGAGCGCGAGAAGGUGGCGGAGAAACAGCAGCAACAGCAGCAACAACAACAGCAGCAGCAGCAGCAACAACAACAGCAAUAUCAUCAUCACUAUCAUCAACGGGAGAUGCACGAGCAUCGUGAGCGGCAGCAGUCCUACCUUGCCGAGAAGGAGAAAGAGAAGGAAAAGGAUUCGAGCGGUCUGUCGGACUCCAGCAAGACGAUCUCUAGCCAAGAGGAGGAGAAACCGACGAAGGAGGAGCGCGAAGCGAAGAAGACGCGCGUCAAGCAGAGCCUGAUGAAGCGGGCGCGCUCGGUCGCGAUCUUCUCGCUGAAGUUGAAGGAACGUCGUGCUCGGGAGGCCGAGCUGAAGGCCAAGGAGGCAGAGAGAGAGGCCAGGUGGCAACAACCGCAGUCUUGCGUUGGCGGCGAGCUCUCAUGCAUACCCAUAGAAAAGCUUAUCUCCGUGGACGACAUCGCCGCCAUGGAAAUUCGCCGGAUGAAUCAUUAGCCGCUUGAUUGGCAACUUGUCUCUCUCUCUCUUUCUCUCGCAUUUUUGGUUUUUCUCGCUACGUAGACCGUCGUGUGUCGCACGCGAUAUCGGCGCGAAUGAUUAUCGUUUGAGUAUCGCGAGCAACCGAGAGCACGCGAACGGACGAGAGAGAAGGCGCAUAACUUUGACGAGUCGUUACGAAUUGACGGAAGAAUGUCUUAAUAGUAGGGCCGUAUUAAUAGGCGUUACUUGAAAAACUUGCCUCAGGUAAAAUAUUCGAAUUUUUAUCCAGAGUCAGAUCUAAGUUUUCAAUUGCGUUAUGAUAAAUGUGACGUUUAUAUCUGUAGUCAUGAUUCAAUUGAAAAACACUUAUCUAACUCUGAAUUUAGAUCCGAGUAUCUCAUUUGGAACGAGUUUUAAGUAAUGACUAUUAAUAUAGGCCUUAAGCAACAUUCCGUAGAUACUGUUCCCGACGUCGUUUUGCCCCUUAGAGCGCCCUUGGCGAUCAUCCCCUCUCGGUGGUACAGUUCGGUUCAGGAACGCAGCGGGAACGGAAUACUUCCGAAGAAUCCGCGCGCGAGUAACGAAGAUAAUAAUUUCCACGACUUAACGAUCUGAAGAAACUACGGGACGCGAUUUGUGCUGUUUUUGAAGUAACACUGAUCGAGGAUGAAAGCUCUGAACGACUGUCGACUCGAAAGGAGAAUAAUCCACGGAGUACAUCACGUAGCGAUUAAAGCCGCUCCGAAAAAUUGGCGAAACUGUCAUAUUAUAAAUUUUUUCCAAAGUGCAGCAUGUUUGACGCGAUGUUCCGAACCGAACGUACACAUUUCGCGCUAAUCGCGACGAUUAUAAUUUCGCUUUUAUUCGAUGCCCCUGCACUAAGUGGCAUACUUUCCUAGUGCAUAGGUCACUUGCUCGCGAUCACAUCUUAGAUAAUCGAGCCGUAAUUAUCCCGCUCGCGCCGUCAGUAAUUGUAACUGUACGCCGAAAACAUUAAAUUACUCCCGGUUGGAUCUGAAACGCGCGCACACAAGCGCGCGUAUUACUAUAUGGGACUCGGACGACGCGACGAUCCGAUCGUUGUGGGGAAAAGAGAAAUAAAGAAAAAUAGAAAAAAUAAAAAAAUAUCGAGAGCGCCCGUUAAUCGCGAAAUCUUGCCGGGGAGACUGUCGAGGAGCUUGUGAAGUGUCGUUAGACCGCUCGCGCUGGGACAGGAAACAUCGGCGCGGAAAAUUCAACGAAGAGAACAUAGGAGAGGAGGAGGGACUUUGUUGUUGUUGCUGCGGUAAUAAGUUGUUAAUUAAUAUUAUAAAAUUCUAGGUGUUAAUGGUUUAACGAAUUUUUGCUAAAUAGAUCCUCUCACACGAGGUGUAACAUCGUUGUCGAGACCACCGCCUCCAGAAAAAUCGCCUCGUGUCCCUGUUGGAGAUCGUUCCCCCCUUCGCGGAGGGGAGACGACGACACGCGGAAGCCGCACCGUUAUAUACGUGAUAACAAGUUUGCCACGCGACACGUUCCGUCGACGAAGAGAUAGAGAGUCGAUUAGAGUGCACUAACACAAUACUACACUUACACAUACAUACACACACAUACAUAUACGAUGCUCUUCGUCCAAAAAGUGAAUAAAAGGAAUUUAGAGGCCAUUUUUGUAUAUAGCGAAAAGUUACGCAGAGAUUGUAAAAUCGGUUCUCAUGGCCUAGCCUCAUGUCCCCGUCCGCGGCUGAACUUUAGCGCAAAGUUAUUAAGUACACAUACACACGUAUAUACGCACACAUUACAUACAUAUGAACAAACACAUACACACGCAACAGAAAUUUUAUUACAUUUAUCGAUAUUAUUAGCGUUAGUACUUACAAUUAGAUGCAUCCACAUUGAGCACCGUUGAGCAAGUCGAUAAUCGCGUACCGUUGUACCGUAGAGUGCCCUUCGGGAACUUGCAAAGAUUCGAGUGCAGUAGACGCGAAAUCGAUAGAUUAGCCGCUUUCGCAAAAAAGCAGGUCGAAAUCAGUUCGGCGGGAAGCGUCUGUGUUUGUUAGAUGUUUUGUAUAAAACAGGAGAACUGAGCCAAUAAAACAUUCUACAAAAGAC